CUUCCGCUAAAUUCCAAACACAUGAACACGAGCUCUGUGGAGAUUAUCCGUCCAUUUGUGAUGGAGAUUGGAGAUGUUUAUUUAACGAACAGCUGAUGACAUUAUAUUCAAGCUGUGAGAGGGCUUUCUAGACCUGGCUCUAUGUUGAUAUGCAGAAUUGAUCAUUUGCACGACUUACUGCAAUCAAUCCGUCCGUACCCCACUGUCCCAGCUGUGUGACCAGAGUCAUGUCUGCAGGUCGUACAAUUACGUCGGCUGUGGCCAAAGACAGGGUCAUUUCCAAGUUCCCUCAAGCCUUCCACCCGGAUGCAACACCUUAUCAGAAGAUGAACUUCCACCCCAAGGUGAAAGCAGCAUGUACAGAAAACAGAACAGGAAGAGUUGGGUUGAAGAUAUCCAAGGCGGUGCUGGUGGGAGAUGUAGCUGUUGGGAAGACCUGCCUCGUUAACAGGUUCUGCCAUGACGUGUUUGACCGAGACUACAAGGCCACAAUAGGCGUUGACUUUGAAGUGGAGAAGUUCAGUAUUUUGUCCACACCCUUCACCUUACAGAUAUGGGACACAGCAGGUCAGGAGAGGUUCAAGUGUAUAGCUGCAUCGUACUACCGGGGAGCCAACAUUGUGAUGGUUGCUUUUGACCUGUCUGACGAGGCAUCAUUACGGAGUGUUCCCAAGUGGAUGGACGAAGCAUGUGAGAAUGCAGCGGACCCCAUCAAAUGUCUUGUUGGAACAAAGAAAGAUCUGAUGUCUCCGGCUGGGUACAUCGAUGUCGAGUUCCGCGCUAUGGCACUGGCCAAUCAGUUAGGUGCUGAGUUUUGGGCUGUGUCCUCCAAGACAGGUGAGAAUGUGCGAGACUUCUUCUUCCGAGCAGUGUCCUUGGCCUUUGACAACGCUCUCCUUAAAGAAGUCGAUACCUCUGCCAUAUCACCCACAAAGCAAAUUGGAAAUGAUUUGAUAAAUGUACAGCGGGAAAAUACAGACAUGUUCGAACGUCGGAAAAAGAAGAUGAACUGCUGCCAGUGAUGACUGUAUGUGUGAUGAGACGAAGCCAGGAUGUAUCUACCUCCUGCUGAUUGUGUGCUGGUGCUUGAACUGUUUGCUGUUGAGGCAGGGUAGACAGUGCCAUACUUAGAGGGUGAAAAAGUGGCAUUAGUUUAUGACCAAAACUGUUAAAUCAAAACUGCCAUUUUUUUCUUUGAAGUUCCAACAACUGUACAUAGGUAACCUACUCUUUCAUUCAAGAUACAUGUACAGAUUGUAGAAGCAUAUGAUUUAAGUUGCCAUGAUUAGUUUUGCAGAGUUGUGUCUCUUACCCAUGCCAGAUCACUGGUUUGAGUCUGAGGUUCCCGUCAGUAGGGCAGCAUAUUGCCUAUGGAUGUUACCACAGUGGUGAAAGUCUGGAGACCUGAGUCACACUGACACAGCUGGCUGUAAGGGAAGGAAGCACUGGAGUGCUAGUCACACUAGAGCUGCCCCUCAUGAAAGUGUGUGCAACAUGGUCGUCAUUUAUUGGAAUGGUUGCAUGCCUCAGUACCAAGAUUAUGUUAUUUUCAUGAUUGUUGUUUGGUUGCAUGGGAACAAGUCAUCCCAACAUGAUAAACUGUACACUGGAUUCAACUCUGAAAUGACAACAUACAACCCCUAACAGAACAAGCAUGGCAAUACUCAUCAUCACACCAAAAGCAGAUGAGUAGCUGACUUCAUGUGGUCAGGUUACACUAGGGCUAUCUGGACAUACGCUGGUAGGACAUGUUAGAAGUGGUAGGGAAAUGAAUCUCCACUUCAAUGAUUCAGCUAAUAACAAAUGUCAUUUUUACAAAUUCAUAUUGGCAUCUUGUUGUAUAAUAUCAAUUGAUAUCGUAUCGUAUCAUCUAUGGCAUGAAGUAAUGGAUUGUGAUAGCAUCCAAUGUACAGUCACAGUGUUACCAUCAUGUAGUGAUAAUCUGGCAUGAAAGUCAGGAGUGAAUUACGUGCAGCUGAUAGAGAAUAGAAUCACCUGAAGAAUAUGCUUGAAGGUCAAACUGCUAAGGAAAUUUGUUAAUCUAUAGGAUGGUCACACCAGAUUUGACUGUCCAUUGCACCUUUAUGUGUUGGUUGUGUAAGAACUGCCCGUACAGGGUCUGUAUUGUUCGGGCAUUACGCCCGCAGGUCUUGCCUGGCACUGCUUCUGUACAGCCAUCUCUGCAUGUAUCACUUGAAUAGAACUACAUGUUCACCACAACAAAGUUCAUUUUAACCCUCUGUCAUAGGAAAAGUGACAUUGUUUUUGUGAGUAGCAGCUGACAUAAGCAACUACUGUUAGAGCACUGUGUCAACUGUCCAGCAAGUGUCAGUGUGCUGUGUAGACCACUUGUUUUCUUAGUAAAUGUGGCUGUUAUCCCUGAUUGUGGUGAGAUAUGUGGUAAUAUGCUCAGAUGAGCACAAAGUGUGAGCUGUAACUAAAUCAGCUGUUAUCAGUGGAUAGCUAUGGUAAUAGUGUUGUACCAGGACCAGUCUAGAAAUGCUGUACUUCUUGCUUCCUGCCUAGGACCUCAUUAAAUUCAGGUUUGCUUCAGAGAAACAUUUGAAUUCUAUGCAGCAAAUGAUAAUGUGUCCUCAUACAAAUCACUUGAAUAUCUUAAAUCAUGAAAUUAAUGCAGAAAAUGUGAGAUUCCCUGCUUGCACUGAUGUACUUACUCUGAACAGAUUGAGUUAAUUGUCAUGUCAGGUUCACUGCACAGGCGGAGACAAGGACAUACAUAGCAAAGCUCCCAGUAAACAAUGUAACUGCAUGCUAGAUACAGACAGAGGUUCUGACCAGGUGUGCAUGCCGUGUGGUCAGGUUGUUUCCACAAGUGGAUUGAGCCCUUAUGACAGUCGCCAACCUUGUCAGGUAAUCUUACCGUUACAAGCACCACACUGCUCACCCAGGUAGUGAGGAUGAUGUGUCCUGUAAGAGCAGCUCAUCUAUGUACAAAGGAUUGCGUACACCAACUUGUGGAACAACACUUGGAACCCGGGACCAAACCUAUCUCAUUUGAAUACUCCUUAUUUGGAAUUUCCUGCUUUGAUUUCAUGAAGUUAGAUCACAUGUCUAGUUAAGAUUGUAAAGAUAUUGUGAUAUUCUUCAAUCGACCUGUUAUCACCCCAAAACUGUUUCAUGAAACUCGAAGUUUACAGUCUUGGUGUUAUGACUUACCAACUUGUCUUUUUACAUAUUUCAAAGGCAGGGCUAUUAGCAUUAAUAUCCUGAUACAUUUUAGUCCAGAUGUUGUCACUGGCAUUAGUUUGGUGACACAUUAAUUUCAUGACAUACACUAUAUUGCUUGUUGUUUUUACUGAACUGCUGGUCGUGUGUAUAGAACAUUGAAGCUCUACAUCCACACACUUCCUAUAUGACUUUUGAUGAUACACAAGAUGUGGUACAGUACAAUGUUAAUGCAAGGGCCACAAUGAAUGUAUAUAUAUAUGUAUAUAUGUUCAUUCAAGGGUUAGAUGGGAUACAUAUUGUUGUACAUGGGUUAUGAUGUUUAACUCUUGUAACACAACUUCAUAAUUCCUGUUGCGACUGAAACAAGGUUUGUGUAUGCUCCGCCCAAAGGUCACAACUACAUUGUUCACCUUAGGCCUUAUGCUUUAUUGUCUUGGUUUACAAAACCAAAGGACAAAAACAAUGAAGUGAGUUUUGACAAGUUUCCCGAUCAAUUAUCUUUCCACAUUAUUUUGCAGUUGUACUUCAUUGAUGUUGUGACCUAUGAGUUUGUUUUUGAUUCAUUAGCAGAAGAACUGAUGUAGAAUUUGAAAAUUAUUAUAUAUUAUUUUUUACCACCUACAUUGAAUUUUAGGACUUAUUUGAUGUAUCAUUCAUUUGUAUUUGAUCGUUAUUGUGAUACAGAGGUCAGUUACAGUCUAAUACAAGCUACAAGGGUUAUCAUACAAUGAGUGGUAUACAAAGGUAAAUGAAUUGUGGAUGCCUUUUUGAUCAUGUGAAGUUUUGUCAGUGCCUUUGUUGCAAUAAUUUUGUUGUAGCUUAGGAACUCCUGUAAAACUGUAUCAAGGUGCACAGUGGGGGCACGGGUGGCCCAGUCGUCCAGAGUUGCAUCAUUUGGGCAGGCCACCAUCUGUGUAUCACACUAUCAUAUGACUUCAGAUAUGAAGGUUAUAUGUUUACUCACUUGUGCUUGAUAAGAACUUUAUCUAUGUGGUUGCCCAAUGAUUUGAAAACAGGAAAUACAUAUAGUGAUACGUUUGUGUCAAAGCAUUAUUGGAAAACCAUCCAAAUAGAUCUAAACUGGUGAUGAAAGUGAACAUAAGACUUGUACAUAUAAUGAAGCUUAAAGAUACUGGUAGAACACAUUGUUUUUUUAUCUAAUUUUAUGUUAGAUAUGUCUGAUGAAAUUGUUAACUUUCUGGUGCUUUUCUUCAUUGAAUUCCGAAGUGAUUUAAUGUCUAGAUCAAGGCUCAUGAUGUCAGUCACUGGAUUGCCUGGUCCACACUCCUUUACUUACAGACUGAUGUCAUAUAGCUAGAAUAUUGCUGUGUUCAGUGUUGAACAACAAACAAAUGAACAAACGAAAUAGCAAACUUCAUAGAUGAUCAAAAAUGCAAGAUGGUUUCCUGAGUGUAUUGGACCACUCCCAAGACAUGGUUGUAGUCACAAUUACUGGUGUAAUUAAGGUUUUCUUCUGAUGCUGAAGUUACGUGAUCAGGAAAUUCACUGAAUAUUUACCAGCCAAUAUUGCCUCAGUUUUAUUUGUGUACAUAUCUUUGAGUGAGUUCCUUGCUGAUUGAUAUCGGCUCAGCAGUACAAGGGUCUGCUAACUGGGGGUUCAAACCCCAGCUUUAAUCCAAUGAUGAACAUAGGUGUCUGGCACCCAUGUCUGAAGGUUUCACAUCAGGCUGCGGAAGGCAACUGGGGCAAGCUGAAGAGUGAGGUAGGACUUCGUGAUUUUUUUUAUUGAAAAUAAAAGUAAUGACUGAGGAACAUUUUUUUUUUUCCCCACCAAGAAUACAUAGAAACACAUCUGCCUUUCUGUACAUAGCCUUAUCUAAUGUUUGUAUUCUUUUAGGUAUAUUUUGUUAUCAUAACCGUCCAUCUGAUUUAGUUGUACUGUCUUUCAUGCCAAACCUGUUUUUAAACCAGAUGAUAAUUCCGACAUGUCUGUUGUUGUAUGUGUAUUGUACAUGUCUAACUGUAGAAACAUUUGUUUUUGUUUUGAAUUGAAACUUUAUGAAUAAGUUGACAAGCGUUUCUAUGUUCAUAUAUGUUCAUAUAUUGUUGUGUGUAUUGUGUGUGAAGUUGAUGUGCAGAUGAUCAGGUGCCUAUGUCUGAAUUUUAUCCCACAACAAUCUCCUGUGUAGGGAAGUGUCAGCAGCGCCAGGGUCUUGAGGCCCUGUUCACUAUAAUUAUGAUUGUUGGUUUCUCAGUGCCAUACUCGUGGUCUUGGGUUUCAGCAAACUGGCAAUUGUCUAAGACCUGCAACAUUUUCAUGCUUGAUUCAACUAAAAUACUGUCAAAGCAGAGCCUGACACACUCACUCACCCUGGUUAUAACUAAUGUCCAUCCUGACUUGAUGAAGCCAAGUUAUUGUCCUGAAUGGCCAUCCACAUGGCUUACACUAUCACUUGGCAGUACGUUAUGGUGAUGGACGAAAGAACACAUGAUGUUAGCAGGAGGAAUAUUACUGCUGUGUUCAGUAUAUGGCUUCAGUACAGCAGGUAACUGUGAUGCCUCAGUGUAGCGGUAAGCACCAGCCUAUGUUUGUAGGUGUAACCACUGUACCAGACAUAUACUCUUACUUCACUUUGGGCUUGCCCUCCAACAUUAGCUGACACUGGAAUGAUUUACCAUAAUCUUAAAUAGUGUUGAAAGAGAUGUUGAACCCAGCUCACUCAGUCACACCACAACGUACAUUGCCUAACAAUCUCUGGCCAGUUGAGGCACACACAGGAGAUGAAGCAAAUACUUCCCUUCAUGGAUAGUCAUGUUUCCAUCAGCAUAUUGAGAUCAUUGUCCCCUUUCUUCUUUCUAUCAGCAUGUCUCAAAUGUUUCUGAAGUCCAUUCAAAGUUUACUCUGUUAGAUUUGGAAACCAAUAAGUUAGAUAUUUGUUGUUCAUAAGAAACGGGCAUACAAAGUAAUGAGUUGUGUUUAAAAAAAAUCAUGUCUCAUCUCUUCCCAUUUGCAGGAGAAUGGCAUAAUUGUAUUUUGUAUAUGCCCUAAUACUGAUCUUGUCACAUAUUUUAGUGAUGUUCUAUAUUCUGUUGUAUAUUUCCAGGAUAUGAGUUCACUUUGAUCCUGUUUUACAAAAGGUCACAUAUCAAGCAUAAUGGUGAAUUAUAAAUCUUAUAAGAUUGUGAUAUUAAUAAAUUUGGCUUUUAUGUAACAA